CCCUCUGGCCCCGCAGCCGUCAAAACCAGUAUAUCGUUCAGCGCAAGAGAAAAACUGAUAUUGUGCUUAAAUUUGCUGGUUCAAAUACAUUUUUCCCCUUCCGACAAGUAAGUGAAAUUGAAUUUCUUUGAGUGUUUAGUAUUAAGUGUUUGAACGCAGUAUUUUUUUAUCUAAAAUACUUACAUUUCUUAAAAUUGACUGUGACGCAUAGGAGUGCCCUUGCAGCAGCCAUUUUGCACGUACCGGCGACACGGUUUCUUACCGCGAUUGAGGUAGAUGGUUUGAAAUAAAAUAAAAAAAGUGUUUGCACUCCAAGACAGCGGGUUUCAAUAAAUCGUGAGUAAUAUCUGUUCUGUAAAGUUGGAUUUAGUGCUGGUCGUAUAUGUAAGACUCAACAAGUAGUGAACGUCGGUGUUGGAUCACACAUCGGAAUUUUGUGAGACUAUCGUUGUAUUUUUGGAUUAUACAAAAGGAUCGCAGAGCAGUUAUUUUAUUAAAUUGCUUCUCUACGUGUUCAAGGUAUAAAUGAUCAUAUAGAUUGGGUGUGCAUUUGGACAGGUAACCGUUCGACCUUACUAAUGCGUCGUAAUUUUGCCUUGUGUGGUCAUGCGGUUAUCUUUGUCCAUUUAGUACUUUAUCGAUUUUAACAUCACUAUGCUCUUCUUGCAUAGGUAUCAUAUCUAUUAGAAUGUUUUAUUUUUCUAUUUUCUUAUAGUUUAAUUUCAGUUUUAAGUUAUAUGAGCAUCGUUGCCAUUGAAAUGUUUUAGGUGUGACAACCUCGAAGCCUGACUCAUUUUCUCUUGCAUUUACAUUGCACGUGCGUGAUUAGUGUAGAUGUUCUUUCAAAUAAUAUGGAUUUUGGAACUUAUUUUUCAAUUAAUCGUUCGUUUUGUGCAUUGAAAAACACUAUCUUACUGAUUUUUUUUUUAGAGUUUGUCUAAACAAACAUGGUAAUACAAUAAAAUUACCAAGUUUUUAUUUUUUUACAUAUCCAUUAAUCAACUGAUUUCUUUUUAACUUUUUGCCAUUAAAUUAUGCCAGGUAAAAUUGUAAUUUUUUUUCAAUACACAUGUUGUAAAUGCAUUUGUUACUAGGCUUAUUACAGCAUACAAAACAUUAAUACCUCAAUUUUUGUUGAUUCAUUUUUAAUGAAAAACCUUACUGUUUCCUGUUACUAAAUCAAAUAAAUAUAAUAGACCUAACGAGUUAAUUUGUAUUAAUAGAAAUAAGGAAUACUUCAUGGAUUAAUAUUACUCAAUGGUUUGUACAGUGGAAAUUUCAGAAGAUACAUAUUUCAAAAGGGGUUCUUACAGACCUGGGUAUUCUUCAAGAUGUAUUCUUCAUUUUUCAAAAUUUAGAGAAAGACAUGUUUUGUCUUAACUGCAUGUAUAGUUCAAUCACAAGAUAGUUUAGAAUACUUUGUGAAAAUUAAUACUGUUAAUCUUCAAUCGGAUUUUUAAUGCUCACGGAUGCGGAUUUUAAUAAAACAAAAUAUUCAUUAGCUAUUCUCUUCCUACUUUUGAAAUAAUUUUACUGAGGGCUAAUUUCUACACUCAUUGACAAAUAUAAGUAUUCUACUUCUACACAUCAUUAUUUAAAUGCAGUGUUAUGCUUGAGAUUUUCUGUGACAUGAUCCAACUGGUUCAAAAAAAAAGAUUGUCCACUUGUGGCAUUUAAAAAAGUCAUGGUCUACACGCUCACAAUUUUCUAAAUGAAUACCAUGUCAUAUGAUGUAUGGUUAUAGAGAAAACAAAAUGUAAAACCUAUUUGAGGUUUACAUUGACACUGAAAUUUGUUAUACAAAAGAUUCGAGCGCCAUCUAUCGCGCGUUGAUUGUAUUCUCAGAAUUUCCCUGUCCAAGCCGCCAACUACGAAUCGACGUUACACGGCAAUCUAGCUAAUGAAUGGUAUGUACUAAAUGAUAAAACCAAUAGACUAAUAUUCAUUUGUACAUAACAGAAAUUCAACAUGGCUAUAUCGUUUAAAACAAUACCCAAGAUACAAAGUGGCAUUAUCUCAAUUUGUUUCAAUGUAACAGUUUUUUCUGUCAAAUUAAAAUUUAUCUCUGACUCGCAUUUUUAAUCAACACGUAAACAACUGUAAAAUUAAAAGUUACUUCAACAACACCCAAUCAUAAUUCUCGAACUUUUUAAUAGAAAAAUAGUGUUGUGCUUGGCACGGUGCUCCGUUACAAUAAUUAGGAAAUCAAUGAUAUUGUUGUGGACCAAAUGAAUAAUUGUCGGUUUUUGUGAACAAAUGAAAAGCGAAUGCAUUCGAGUGUAGCCGUCAUAUAGAAAUUUGCUUUGUCCCAUCGGCCAACGCUAACUCUAUUAGGCAUGUUUUUUUAGUAUCUAUGUAUUUGAGUGAAUAAGUUUACGGUCCUGGUUUUAAGCAACUACCUGAGCCUAUAGAAAUUACAACGUGAAUGCCGCCAUGUCAAACUGGAACGUGUCGCUACUUUGCGGCAGAAAAAAAUAAGAUAGUAAAAUCUACCCUCGUGCUCUUACGAUAUAUCCUAACACUAGUUAAUACAUAUAUACAUUUUACGGGCUUGAUUUCUAUUAUACGACGUUGUUUCGUUGUGAAAGUCGUUCGAGAACACUUGUUAAGUAAGAUUUCCUAAAAAAGGUUAAAAGUGGCAUUAGACAAAGAGACCUACGACGUAAGUUAAUUGAAUUUGUCACCACCUCUGGGAAACUAGCAAUUUUGCCUACUUAUUUCAAACCCAAUGUAGGCCCAAUAGUUUUGGUUAAUUUGGUUCGUCAGUCAAGUCUAGUACGGUUUAAAAGUCUACUUUUUACUAAAUAAUAUUUAUCAACCAUAGUUUAUAACGAGCUGGAAUGAUGUAAUCAAAAUAUAGUGGGCGUAAUAUCGCACUCAUUUAACAUGUUUAGGUGUCAAGUGUGUAAAGGUCUUCAAUAUUUUAAUCGUAGUGGAAAAUAAAUUUAGAUUUGUAAAAACCGUCAUCAUAUCGGAGACUAAAAAUUCCUUAGGUGCAAGGAAAAAUCAUUACAGCUUUCAUUGCCUAGCAACAGGGCUAUGGUGCAAAAGCGAGUAGGUGGAUAGGGUACGGAGAGGUAGGCGCCGGAUCGACGGGUGCGGUGCACGCGGGACGGGCGGUGUGGUGUGAGGGCGAGGGGUGUGCAACCAUAGCUAGCCGUAUUUCGUCUGGAGUGCUUAUCCCGCGCCGUCGGAUCAAUACUGUUGGCGCAGUGGCGGUGACCAAGCGGUGGCGCGACGAUUCGGCGCGUGCCUGCCUCCUUGCAGCUUACCCGAGUCUGUGAGAUGCUGUCACACCGAGCGGACGUAGCGUCGAUGUCGCGUGUUGCGUGAGGGUUGCUCUUUGAGCUAGUUGAAUUAAGAUUGCGCUUGUGCGCUUGUCCGCCUCUUUUACAAGGGGCAUCAGUGAAUUAGUCCUCUUCCAUCGUCCACGAUGUCCGUCGACAAGGAAGAACUGGUGCAACGUGCCAAAUUGGCCGAACAAGCUGAGCGAUAUGACGACAUGGCGGCCGCGAUGAAGGAAGUGACGGAAACCGGCGUCGAACUUAGCAACGAGGAGAGGAACCUCCUUUCAGUUGCUUAUAAGAAUGUCGUAGGUGCCCGACGGUCAUCAUGGCGUGUCAUUUCCUCAAUUGAACAGAAAACCGAGGGUUCAGAAAGAAAACAGCAAAUGGCAAAAGAAUAUAGGGUUAAAGUAGAAAAGGAGCUCAGAGAAAUCUGCUACGACGUUUUGGGCUUACUUGACAAACACCUAAUUCCUAAAGCUAGUAAUCCAGAAAGUAAAGUGUUUUACCUCAAAAUGAAAGGAGAUUACUACAGGUACCUUGCAGAAGUGGCCACAGGAGAAACCAGACAUUCUGUUGUAGAGGAUUCACAGAAAGCAUACCAAGAUGCUUUUGAAAUCAGCAAGGCGAAAAUGCAGCCCACACACCCCAUAAGGCUGGGUCUGGCGUUAAAUUUCUCAGUCUUUUAUUAUGAGAUAUUAAAUUCGCCAGACAAGGCGUGUCAACUCGCCAAACAGGCUUUCGACGAUGCCAUCGCCGAACUGGACACAUUGAACGAAGAUUCGUACAAAGAUUCUACGUUAAUAAUGCAGUUGCUGCGAGAUAACUUGACGCUUUGGACGUCAGACACUCAAGGCGAUGGCGACGAGCCUGCCGAGGGCGGCGACAACUAAUAUCUCGCCGCACUCACCCCAGCACACGCAUUUGUUCUCAUCGGUGUUUAUAAGAAAACGAGUAACAUUCGAGAACGUCGUCUGGCGCGGUAUCAUCACCGAAGCCGACGCGAGCCGUCGCUUGUAAAAAUGUUAAAAGUCGUUCGCAGCGGACCUUCCCGUUCCGUCUAAAAUUAAAUGUUGUGUCAUCUUUGACGGUUUUGUAUUUCUGUAUUUACACUGGAUUGCAGAUAUCGAGCUGACCUGAUGAAUAUAAAUAUUUAUAACUUAAGUUAUUAAAAUUACGGUUUCUUAAGUUAAAA